AUGGGCGGAACUCAGUUUUCAAAGAUAACGCACAUCAAAAAACGUUCUUUCUCUGAAUCAAGAAGCAAAUGCGAGAAGUCUUCGUCUUCGUCAUUGCAUACAAAAUCCAGUUCAAAUCCAAGCAAUAUGCUACUUGAGAUACCAAACUCUUCCAAUAAUGUUUUGGCAACUCAACAACCGCUUACAUCCGAAGAAAUUGAUCGUCUUCAACAACUUCAUUAUACAUGGCGUUGGCUUUGGGAGACGAAUUACUCUUCACCAGUAGAGAAACUUCUGCAGCGCAAACGCAAUGUACGAGUAUUAGACGUUGGAUGUGGUCCGGGUGUUUGGACACUGGAAAUGGCUUCUGAAUAUCCAAACGUCGAAUUCUAUGGCGUGGAUACUUUUGAAUCGUUCCCAGCGGAAAUUAAACCGGCAAAUGUUUUCUUUUAUAAAACACCAUUUUUUGUUAAUCUUCCGUUCGACUCAGAAUUCUUUGACUUUAUCGUGAUCAGAAAUUUGAAUUCGGUGCUUACGGUGCAAGAUUGGUCCGAAAAUGUGUUUAAGGAAUUGGUGCGAGUUUUGAAGCCGGGUGGAAUUGUUGAAAGUCAAGAAAGCGUAUGGAAUGUAAAUACGAUGGGUCCCUCUUUCAACUUAUUAGCAAAUACUUAUAAUAGCAUGCUCGAAUCGAAAAAUAUCGACUUGGCAAUUGCCAAGCGUAUACCAGAAUUCAUGAAAAACACCAAAUGUUUAACAAACAUAGUCGAACUCAAAAAAUCUCAUCCACUUUCAUCACAAGAAGGUGGAAAUCCGAAACUCGCUGAAUCAUUCCAACAAAUUGCCUAUAGCGGAUUUAAAGUAUUAAAACCAAUAUUACUUCCACAAUUACGCACAAACUCGAAAACCUAUGACAAUCUUGUCACGAAUAUUCGAUCCGAAUUCGCCAGAGAUCAAUAUUCCGAAGUUGUUCUUUAUCGAACAUUUGCGCAAAAAGUGUCGGUGCCAUUCUAA